GAUUGAACUGAUAAACUGAGAAGGAGGUUGAAUGGCCAAGCCAGCGCUGAUUGUCCAGAAGAAGGUUCAAGAACAACCCUGAAGGCUCCAACAUGUCAAAAGAAAUGCAAGAGCUGCAGAAGCAGUGGCGCUUCAUGAUGAAAUCCAUCCACAGCAACUCCAAUGUUGUUGCUUUUAUGAAUUCUCGAAUUGGCCAAUACUUAGAUGAUCAUCCUUUUGUUGCCUUGUCGCUGUUGGUGUUUAUUGCAGUUUCUGCUAUUCCUGUUGCAUUCUUUCUGAUGUUUGUGGUUACAACAGCUGUCAUGGCCUGUAUUGGGGUUAUAAUCAUGGAAGGUGUUGUAAUAUCAGCAGGUGGAAUAGCACUUCUUUGUGUGCUGGGUGGCCUAGGGCUGCUUUCCUUGGCAGUUUCUGGAGUAAUGAGUAUUUGUUACGUAGCACUUACAACUCUGAUCAACUACUGGUACACUCCAAAAAGUCAAGCAAUGGAUCAAGAAGCAAAUGGGAAUGGUUUCUCCCUGAACAGUUCUCCCAUCUCUGACCCUUCUGUCAAUAACAAAAGCAAAUAAAUGGGACCUUUCCAUCUUCUCUGAUAUGCCUUGAUUGUUCAGUUCUGAAUUUAGACAUCUUAUUCAUUUACCUGUUGAAUAGUCAAGUUUUGUGUGAAGUUUGUGGAAAUGGAAUCAAUAUGCAUCUUUGGUUGUUACUGUAAAAUGGUGUAAAAUGAACGGUAACUCAUCAAGAGUCAGUGCGCUGUGAUAUUAAAUGUACAGACCCUGGGAAGCAAUCCCUGUUAAUAUGGUGCGGGAUUAUAACUAGUGCUAACUUCCACUAAAGUUGGUGGCAGACUGAGUCAGGAAGGACUGCGCACUUCAGAUUUUAAACAUUGGUGUCAGAAUACUAACAACCAAUAGAUGGGGAAUCAAAGUAGAAUGUCUUUAAUGCAUCCUUGUGGCACCUGGAUGUUUUUUACACAUGGAAAAUAACAAUGCCCAGGAACAGUGACACUUAUGAAUGUUAAAAGUUAAUUUCAAGCCUUAGCAAUUUUUUUCAAAAUACUUCUGUGUUGAAAAACUAAGCUUGCCUCACAUUAAUUGUGUGCAUUGUUGGAAAAGCAAAGUAAGAGAGGGGUUUGCUAUGUAUAACUGAUCAUCUAAGCUUUUACAUACACUUGAAUGUUACAUUAUUCAGAAAGGUUAUCUUCCUUGUUCUUUCCUUCCCACAGCAUGUGGUAUGGCCCUGGUGUUUUGCCUUGUAUUUAAAAAUGUCUAUUUUAUUUGAGUUUUUGUUCUCUGUUUAUGCAUCUUUGGUGUGAGCCUUAUUACAUUUUGUAGUUACUGUAAGCAUUUUCUUUUAAGCAGUAACCAGGUAUCUCUAAGAUAUUUAGUUUAAUAAAGUGCUAUUUAUUUAUG